GCCAAUUGUAUGGCGAGGUCAUUCCAAGACUGGUUUCUGCCUCUGCGCUUAAUCGGAUUCAGUUCUCUUAUCUCUUGAUUUAGUAUGUCGAUCGCUGAUUUCACUCCUGCCCAAACCCAAGACUUGGCCACGUCGUUGGCUGUGCUCUUGCUCCAUGACUUGCAAGUCGAAGUGUCCGCCGACAACUUGACCGAAGCCUUGUCCGCUGCCGGUGUGACCGUCGCGUCGUACUUGCCUUCGUUGUACGCCAACGCCAUUGAACGUGGCUUGAAGGUGUCCAAGGCGUUGGCCGGUCCUUCGGCCGGUGGUGCCGCCGCGGCUGCCCCUGCCGCCGGCGCUGGCGCUGCUGCCCCUAAGAAGGAAGAACAGAAGGAAGAAGAAGAAGAAGCCGACUUGGGCGGUGGCAUGGACAUGUUCGGCGGUUCGUCCGACUAUUAAGCGUUGUGUCUGCAACCCCAAACCCGACCUGCCGCUGCUGCUGCCAUUGUCCACAACUUACAGGGAUCGUCGUGCCAGCUCACUUUGUCGGGCGAUCGGUGUCAAGAGAUGCACGGCUUGGAUGGGAGUAAUUACACUGUAAUAAACCCAACCAAGGUGUGGUAGACCGUCGGUCCUAUUUCCCCAUGUGCA